CCCUAACUAAUGCUGCCACCAAAAAAAUUAUGGGAAAAAAUAGUCUCUAGUCCGCUAUGAUCUUCACACUAUCUCUUCUUCUUACUAGUGAUCACAGCUAUAUGUCAACUAAUGCAAGGUCCAGAUGAAGCUGGAUGAAUCUAAUCACUUCAGUCGAUUCUCCAUCCAAUCAUUUCAAAUCAUCUUUCCAUCAUCGUUCUCUUUACCUCUCAAUUCUCAAGGACAUGCUUGAAGUAGAGCGGAAGCCAAGGUACUAUACCAUAAGAAGCUUAUCCUUCGUUUUCCCUCAAUAUAGCUCGGCCACAAAACAUUUCUCCCCCUCCACAUCUUUCAACUUCUAUUUCUAUAUUCUCUUCAUUUCUUCUUUCUAUCUAUCUUCUACUUUUCUCAACCUUGAUCACAUUCGUUUCUGAAAGUAAUCAGUUCAAUUGCUUUACGAUCAUUGCAACAUUUCCGACAAUAUCAUAAUCAUAAUAAUUUACAAGUAAAUCUUUCAUCUCUUGACACACAAGAUGGAUCAGCAACCUACCUUUAGAGGACAUGCGCCUCAAUCAUCCAUUGCCACAACACCAAGACCUGGAACACCCGAAAACGUAAAUCCAUUCGGUGGUGAUGAUAGCAUUCAACCUUCUCCAUCCCAAGACAGAGUAGCCAAUCCUUUCGCUUCACCAUUCGCUUCACGACCUGGCUCUACUUUCGGUGCAUCCUCUUCGAUAGGAAGGACAUAUGGUACACGAUAUUUCCAUUCCAGAAGAGUAAAGAAGGGAGAAGUUGAUCAACCAUGGAAAGCCAAUAAGGAUCCAAAGGAAAAAUGGGUUACAAUCAUUCCAAUCAUUGGCAUGCUCAUCGGUUUGGGAAUUGCGGGAUAUUUGAUCUAUGACGGAAUAGCAUCAGUCACUCAUCACAAAUACUGUCCAGUUAUGAGUGAUGACUUCUCAAGUGGCAGACUCAAUACCGAUAUAUGGACUCAGGAAGCAGAAGUUGGCGGUUUUGGUAACGGAGAAUUUGAACAAACUACACUUGACGAUGAAAAUGUCUUCAUCAAGGAUGGAAAGCUCAUCAUCAGACCCACAUUACAAGAUGCAAAACUCAUCGAAUCAAACACGGUUAUCAAUCUUACAUCUGAUGGAACUUGCUCAUCCGAUGUUCUCACCAACUGUGUUUCUGUCACUAAUACUACCGCCGGUACAAUCAUUCAACCUGUCAGAUCUGGAAGAAUCAAUACCAAGAAAGGUGCAACCAUUAAAUAUGGACGAGUUGAAGUAACUGCCAAGUUGCCCGCUGGUGAUUGGUUGUGGCCAGCGAUUUGGCUCUUGCCAGUUGAGAAUACUUAUGGACCUUGGCCUGCCUCUGGAGAAAUUGACAUUGUUGAAUCCCGAGGAAACAAUCACACCUAUGCACAAGGAGGAAAUAACAUCAUCUCAUCUACUCUUCAUUGGGGACCCGAUUCUGCUAAUGAUGGUUACUGGAGAACAAAUGUCAAGCGCACUGCACUCCACACUACUUACUCUGACGGAUUCCAUACAUUUGGCCUCGAGUGGUCUGAAAAAUACCUUUACACUUACAUCGAUUCCAAGCUACUCCAAGUACUUUACAAUACAUUCAGUGAACCACUCUGGCAACGUGGUGAUUUCCCUGAUUCCAACAGUAAUGGAACUAGAAUUACAGAUGUCUGGUCUCAAACCGGUCGUCACAACACACCUUUCGAUCAAAGAUUCUACCUCAUCCUUAAUGUUGCAGUUGGUGGUACCAAUGGAUGGUUUGCUGAUGGCAAGAGUGGAAAGCCUUGGAUUGAUGCUUCUGCAACUGCCAAGAAUGACUUCUGGAAUGCGAGAGAUACUUGGUAUCCUACCUGGACUGCCAAUGAUAACCAAGGUCAAAUGGAGGUUAGCAAAGUACAGAUGUGGCAACAGUGUGAUGGAACUGAGGAUCUUUAAGUUCUUUAUUUCUUUGAAGGGAGGGAGAUAAUCGACGAAAUAAAUUGUUGUAAUAAAUCGCUGUAGGGUAUAGCUGGCGCUGGGGGGUAUAUAUCGUCUUGAUCAAUGGAACAAGACUGUCAAAGAGACUCGGAUGGGAUUUCAAUUAAUCAUGUGAUUUUUUUCUUAUCUUUUCUUUGAAGACUCUCUCACUAGGGAGACGGGAGGAGUAGACUAAUAACUAAUUAAUAGCUCUGUUUUUAGUUAAUUAGAUAAUUAGAUUUGUAAAAUCACCAG